UAUAAAUAAGCGUAAAGUUGGUGUUCAGGGCAUAACACAUUUGAAAAUUCAAAGGAGAGUUUGAGAGCAUAGAGCAAAAAAUAUAACAAGAAUAUGUCUAAAUUUACUUGUAUAGUCUUUUGUGCAGUAGCAAUGAGUUUAUGUGUUUUCGUUGAAAGUCAGGAAGCAAAUUCAAUUUUCCAUGGAGCUAUCAAGCCCUUGAUAGUGGAGUGUGCAAAAGAAUAUGGACUUAGCCAAGAUACGCUUCAGAAGAACAGGGGUCCAGAUGGAUUGAAAAAUUUACCACCAUGCUUUAUAGGCUGUGUUCUUAAGAAAUUUGAUAUUAUAGACGACAAAGGUAAAUAUGACGCAGAUUCUGGUAUAGCCGCAAUCAAAAAAUUAUUGCCAAAUAACGAAUACUUGGAAAAAAUAACAGCAGUUUUGAAAGAUUGCGAGUCAGUUAAUGAUAAAACAGUCAGUGAUGGAGAUGCUGGGUGCGAAAGAGCUGUGCUGGGAGCUAUCUGCUACAUGGAACAUAAAACUAUUGUCUUAGCUUAACUAGCUCAAAGAGUGACUCAUCAUGAUACGGAUAGAUAAAUCAGAACAAAAAUGUAUAUUGUUAUAGGAAUAAAUUUUAUUUUUAAUUAGCUA